CGUUCUGCGUGACGUGGGUCUCCUGCGCUUCACUCUCGCCAACUCUUCUAUCCGUUUACUCGCUCCGACAACUGAAUAAAUCAGUUUUUGUAGGCUUUAAAAAUGGAUCGGUAUCGCAUACCUUAUAGACAUUUGAGAAAAAACAGCUCAAAUGUCGAAAGAGAAGUUUGCAGGCAGUUCAUCAAUGGAUCUUGUCGCUAUGGUCCGAGCUGUUACUAUCUCCACGAGUUUCCUACAGUACCGUCAUUCCAGGUUCAUUGUAGGUACUUCCAGAAAGGUGGCUGCUGGUUUGGUGAUCGAUGCAGGUAUCUCCAUGUUCCGCAAGGGGGUGAGGGCUCUUCAGGGAGCAACAGACGUGGUUCAGCUCCUGCCGUUUUCCCCUCUGCGCUCGCAGGCCGUUCUCUGCCUUAUCGCCGGGGAUCUGAGCCCUUUCUUCCUCCUCAAGGAGCCUACAGCCUGAAUCGGAGGGGUUCUGAGCCCCUGGUCACAAGUAUGAGUGUGCUGCAGCAGAAUUUUGAACGCUUGACCACAGGAAUUGCUGAGGAGGAAGAGUUCGGGGCUGUGGAGGAUGUACCUCACUGGCAGGGUGCAUCGAGACCGCUGCAACAAAACGGUGCUAGUGCUACACACUCCAUUUCUUCACAUAACAGCUCAGCUGCCUUUGUUCCUGGUGCAGCACCUGCUGAAGUCCAAAAAGUGACCAGUUCAACUUUGCCAGAGAGACCAGAUCAGGGUGGUGCUGCAGUUUCAAUGGAGCAGCGACAUUCAGGGGAUGUGGCUUGUGGCAUCUGCAUGGACAAGAUUUCUGAGAAGACCACCGCUCAGGAACGGCGUUAUGGCAUCCUACCCAACUGCAAUCAUGCUUUCUGCAUCAGCUGCAUCGUUACCUGGAGAAAAACGAAGGACUUCCAGGAGGAUGUCAUCAAGGGCUGCCCACAAUGCAGAGUGAAAUCCUCCUUUUACGUUCCCAGCAAGCACUGGGUCUGUGAUGAGGAGGAAAAGGCAUCGUUGAUAGCCUCUUUCAAAGAAAGAAGCAGCAAAUUAAAGUGCACUUUCUUCAUGCGUCACGGAUGCUGCCCCUUUAAAACGGAGUGCAUCUACAGUCAUGACAUGCCGCCUAAUCACAUCCACCGUCGCAGGCGCUCGACACCCAGGGACACAGCUGAUAUGUUGGAGGAUUUGGGGAUUGAUGGCCUCCAAAUUUGGAGCUACAUUUUUGCCCUAACUCUGUUGGAUGAAGAUGAUGAUGACUUUCUGGAUUUUCUUGAUGACUAAGGACCUUCUAGAGUCAUGUAUAUGUUGGCUCAGCCUUGAGUGAGCUCUACUUAUCUUCUGCACUGAAACGUAAUUGUCCCUUUUUAGGGUUGGUUUCACUUUAGCUACCCCUACAUGUUUGGCUAAUUGUUUAGCCGUGUAGACUUAGUAUGUGUGUUUCUGUAUGAGUGUGAAAGUCUUUUGCCUUUAGUUUAAGGAGGUUGGUGAAAAGGUUUGAAUGCUCAGAUCUCACAUUGAGUCUGUAUCUUCAGGUUUAGUUGGGGAAGGGACUAUGGCAAAAAAGUUGAGGAAAAAAGUUAAAAUUGAACGCAUGGUCACUUAUUUCAGCUAGCUUUUUCACUUGUUGAUCUAAUACUUCAUCUGUGCUGCUUCCGGAUUUCCGCACCCUCUUUGUUUGAUACCUUUUGUAUGAAAUCAGAUUUUAAUAUUUUGUGUACUUCCUAGUUUAUAUUAUUGCCAGUAUUCUUCCAAACACUAAGUGUGCAACCUGUCAGCAGGCUUCUGAUGUACUGUUCUCUUCAGCAGUGUUAACAGGUUAUACCAAGUCUUGAUGUCAUAUUUUAUGACUUUUAGUACAUGUUUGUAUUCAUUCAAAGAAAAGUGAAAAUAAAAAAUUGUUCCACUGUUUGCCUCA